AUGGAGAUCGACGAGAUAUUGGGGGAGCCAAAGCAGGCGAGCAUGACGACGAAGAGCGUUAUAUACGCGUGGGGCUACAAUCAGUCGGGUCAAACGGGUCGGAGGGGUGAAGAGGGGAAUCUUCGGAUCCCCAGGCAGCUGCCGAUGGACCUCUUCGGCUGCCCUACCGGCGGCGGCAGCUCGCGGUGGCUCGACAUUGCCUGCGGCCGCGAGCACACCGCCGCUGCCGCCUCUGAUGGAUCGCUCUUCACCUGGGGGGCCAAUGAGUAUGGGCAGCUUGGGGAUGGUACUGAAAAGGGUCGAAAAUACCCAAAGAAAGUUAAGUCCUUGCAAUCUGAAUUCGUGAUCUCUGUAUCUUGUGGGGCACAUUGCACGGCAGCCAUUGCGGAGCCUCGUGAAAAUGAUGGAUCUCUUUCGACUAGGAGACUCUGGGUUUGGGGACAGAAUCAGGGUUCUAACUAUCCACGGCUCUUUUGGGGAGCUUUCACUCAAAACACGGUUAUUCGCCAGGUCUCUUGUGGGGCCGUUCAUGUGGUGGCUCUGUCAGAAGAUGGCUUGCUACAAGCAUGGGGCUAUAAUGAGUAUGGCCAGCUUGGCAGAGGUAUUACCUGUGAAGGCCUUCAGGGGGCUCGUCUAAUUAACGGGUUUGCUAGGUUUCUCGAUGAGGCCCCUGAGCUUGUCAAGAUUACCCAGGUUUCAUGUGGAGAGUACCAUACUGCAGCCAUAUCAGAUACUGGCGAGGUCUAUACUUGGGGAUUUGGGAGCAUGGGCCAACUCGGGCACUGUUCCCUUCAGUCUGGUGAUAAAGAGCUUCUGCCCAGACGUGUGGUUGCUCUUGAUGGGAUAUUCGUGAAGGAUGUCGCUUGUGGUGGCGUUCAUACGUGUGCUUUGACCAAGAAAGGGGCCCUCUAUGCUUGGGGAGGAGGCCACGCCGGGCAGUUGGGCCUGGGCCCACAGAAUGGGUUCUUUUCCUGCGUGCCCAACGGGUCUGAAAUGAUGCUCCGCAACAUACCUGUUCUGGUGAUUCCGACUGGCGUGAAGCUUGUCUGUUGCGGCCAUUGUCACACCCUUAUUUGCACCAAGGAAGGGAGAAUAUACGGAUGGGGUUACAAUAGCUAUGGUCAGGCUGCUAACGAAAGGUGUACUUAUGCGUGGUAUCCUUCCCCCGUCGACUGGUGUGUUGGGGAAGUAAGAAAGUUAGCUGCGGGAGGCGGCCACUCGGCUGUUUUAACAGAUGCAUGCUCGUUGAAGGAGCUGUGUGAGUUUGUUCUUGCAAACAAUGUGAACCUGUCAAAUGCAUCGGUGAUCGAAGAUAUUGCCUUAAGAUCUGGAUCGGAUGCUUUAGCCCGCCUUUGUGAAAGAUUUAGGGAGCAUUUGCUCAAUGGUGGCGAGUGUGACAGAGAUAAGACUGGAUUUGUUGUUUGA